AUUUGUGGUGGCAGCAUCUAUAGAGCUUGGCAGGAAGAAAAAACAUUUCUUUAGAGGAAGCGCCUGCCAUUAACGCCUGAGACAGGGCAAUGACCGAAUUUCUCUUCUGCUUCAGCUGUUGCAUUGGUGAACAACCCCAACCGAAACGGCGACGACGCAUUGACCGGAGUAUGAUUGGAGAGCCAAUGAAUUUUGUACACACUGCACAUGUUGGUUCAGGAGACGCAAACACAGGAUUUGCAAUGGGUGGAUCUUUCCAGGAUCAGAUGAAAUCAAAAGGCGGUUACACCCCUGGAAUCUCAGAAGUUGCACUUUAGCAUCUGGCUGAAGACUUUGUCCGGACCAGCGAACUGCACAAAUGAACAUAUCAGUUGAAGAAGGAAAGCCUAUGCAAUAAUACAUAUAUUUUGAGAGAGUGCAUUUAUGCCUUUCCUUUAAUCAGAAACGGGCUUCCAGCAGUUCAAUGCAAAACUGAAAAUGUGAAGUGUUCUAAUUUAUUACUCUGCUUUUAAACAUUAUGGCACAACUUCUGCAUUUGUAUUAGUGUUAUGUGCAUGGCACCUGCAGUUUUGUAUGUCCUCAGUUAUUCAUUUCUGAGCUGGCAUUAGUGCUUCUUGCUUUGACUGAAGGAAGAAUUAAUGCUAUUGCUUUGUACUGUGAAAGUGCAAACACCAGCAGUCCAGUUUAUAUAGAACUGAAACUUUACUGGUAUCUCUGGGAGUUGAAUUUCUGCUUCAGUUUCUGUUGUUGUUGCAAAUUCCCUGCUCUAUUUGUUAGAUUGUCACAAACAGCAUUUUUUUUGUUAAACUUUGAGCUUGAAUGAAACCUUAGGUUAGAGCUGUAAUAAAGUUUUCUGCUUUUCACAAAGUCAUACAGUAUAUGAAACUUUUGACCAGGAUCACUUAAUCCAGGAUCACUAGUUACUUAAUCAUUACCAUUAUGUAACAAAUUUACAUUUUGUAAAUUGCAGUAAAGUGAUUUAGCCAAUCUGUGUACUCUGGGGUUUAUUGCUUAUUCAUUUAAGGGCAAUUUGUUAUCCAUUAUAGUUGCCCUUUAAAUGUCAAAAUAGCAUAUUCUAUUAUUGGAGCUUUUCUGUAGGCUUCCUAACUGGAGUUAACUAGGCACCAUGUGCUCACCCUGCAUUCAAAUUCUGAGCUAAUUGAUAGCUGCAGUUAUCCCCAACAUCCGUAUUCAAAACCUGAUGGUAAUUUAAACUGUGGAUUAAUAUUCCAUUAACGACUCGUUCAUUUUUACAGCAAUAAUAGUCUAUCUAGAAUGUUAACAACAAAUAUUUUUAUAGUUUUAGGAAAUACAAGGAAUAGGUGUGCCAGUUAUGAGUCAUCUAAAGUUCCACUUAAAUAUAUCCCAGUAAGACUGGCGAACAUUGAUACUGCAGGUUUUAAUAUUCUCUUUUAACUGCAGUCAUGUUUAAAUGAAACUAUAUUGUAUCCCCCCUUGUUUUAAUUUCUUGUUUCAGGAACGAUUGUUUAAAAGCAUGUAGGGAAAUAGCUGUUCAUGAUAUCCUCUGAGAAAUACUUUGACACGGUAUCCCGUUAAACGUGUUUUAGGAAACAAGUAUUUUCUUUAAAGUGUGCAGAGUAAAUUCUAGGAUAUUUUUAAUAAAUCAAAGUAUAAUAUAUAAACUAGUUAUAUUUAUUAAGUCACUAAAGCUGCAUCUUUUGUACAUCUAGAUAACUCUCUUCUGUCUUUCGCGGAUGCACAGAUAAUUGGCAAUAGCUAAAACCAAACAGUUGAUCUGAUUUCCCUUUAAAGUCAUAUAAAACCUCUUUACCUAAUUUGUAUAGAAUGUAAAAAGUUAUUAAUAAAUCAAUGUUUCAGAAUUGCUAAGAUAUUUAGAGAACUAUUGAAAACAUUCUCUACAUUUGCCACAGUUAUCCAGGCCACACAAUCUCACUUUUAGGUGAUCAGAGCAGAACCAGCAUAAAUUAUACAGAAGUUGAAGCACUGGGCUAAACUAAAAUUGCCAAAACAGGUGGGAAUAAAAGUGUAUUUCUAAAACAUGAAAAUAUAUAUUGUCAUUUUAUUUUGGAUUGCAUAUAAAAAUGUAUUUUAUGGUCCAGCCACUUGUUUUUUUUAGCUACAGUUGACCUCUGAGGAAGGCAGAUCCAGGGGUUAAUCUUUUAUUCUCAGAGGCUUUCUAUUGCAGUGCAUGCACACAACUAGGUUGGCAUCUGUGCUAGACAGCUUUGCUUUGUCUGAAGUCUACAAGCUGCAGCAGAAAGAUGUACUCCGUAAGCUGCUCCAGACCAGGCUUGUGAAAGUGUAAGCCAUGAUGCAUUAUUCAGAUGCUGGCCCAAUGAAAAACAUUCCACUACUUAAACAUAUAUUAUCUACUCAAGGUUAAGUUCUUAGAAUCUAGGCUCUUUUUUUGUCUCGUUUUCUCAAGUUCCAGACUUGUACUUUGGAUUUCUUUCCAGAAUGCUUUAUAAAGAAGCACAUUUAGAUUGAUUUACUUUUUCAAUACAUGUUGCUAGAAAUUUCCUAAUUGUGUGUAGUUUAUGUGCACAAAAGGCCUCAACAGAUUCACAUCUUCUAAAUGGUGUACACCCACUCCAGGGCAUUGUGCCAUGCAUCUGCUGCCAUAAAGCCUUUUCUUCACAUACUGGUGUCUUUCAGGUGUUCUGUUAUUGCCAAGAAACUUCAAUUGUCGGUUUAUUUACACUGUGCUCAACAAAAGUAUGGUUUGUGUAGAUUGUAACCCUGAGAGCAGCCUGCAUUGACCUAGAAUGAGAUAACAAAUAAAGAAUAUUUUACUGAAAUUGUAA